AUGGUUGGCGAUAUCGAGGAUUCGCCCCCAGCUUCAGAUAGCGACUGGGCCUCGGCGGAUGAGGCAUCGCUAGAUGUAGCUACGUUGGCGUCAAGUGUUCUGAAUUACGAGUACAAGCCAAACGACGAGGAGGAGCAGGACCGCAUGGACCUCCUCCAUCAUAUAUACGCCCUGAUCCUCGAUGGCGAGCUGCACAUGGCGCCGAUCAAGUCCCACCCAGAGCGAGUCCUCGAUUUGGGAACGGGGACUGGGAUCUGGGCGAUGGACUUUGCUGAUCAGUAUAAAUCUGCCGAAGUACUAGGAAACGAUCUGAGUCCCAUCCAACCGACCUGGGUCCCCCCAAACCUCCAAUUCGAAGUCGACGACUAUGAAGCAGACUGGGUCUAUUCCCGGCCCUUCGACUACAUCCACGGUCGCGAACUAGCAGGGGCUGUCAGCCACUUCGACAAACUCUUCGGACAAGCCUUCCGACAUCUAAAACCGGGUGGAUACUUCGAGAUGCAGAGCUUCCGCGUGGAGGUAUACGCCGACGACGAGUCCCUCGACCGAGCACCAUAUACCACAAAAAUGUGCUCAUUGAUACAAGAAGCCAGUGCCAAAUUCGGAAAGCCGAUGGCAAAUAUGGACGAGUGGGCAGAUAUAUUGAGUAAGGAGGGGUUCGAGGAUGUGACGUGCAAGAUUGUCAAAGUGCCCAUUAGUCCGUGGCCGCUGGAGAAGAAGCAGAAGGACAUUGGGAAGUACUUCCAGGCGCAGCAGAUGCAGGGCAUUCAAUCUUAUGUACCCGAGUUGUUGCAAAAAGUUCUGACGUGGGGGGCGGACGAGGUUGAGGUUUUGAUGGCAGGGGCGAGGAAGGAGUUGUUGGAUACCACAAUUCAUCAGUAUGGGAAGUUGUAUUUUGUGUAUGGCAGGAAGCCGCGUCGAUAG